UAAUACUGUCCUCAAUUUUACCUCCAAAAUAUCUUCCCUUUAUAGCAUUGAAUCUUCUUUUUAUCAUUAAUAAAUAUUAUAGUAUAUUAUUCUCUAUACAUUUUUCCAAAGUUUCGGUGCAUUCAGUGACCCCAACCCAAAUAAUCCAUAGAAGUAAGAAAUUCUCUCUCUUAGGGUUUUCUUUGAGUUGAUAAUUGUUGUUAAAGAAGAUGAAGAUUCAGUGUAACGUCUGUGAAACGGCGGAAGCUACGGUGCUUUGCUGUGCUGACGAGGCGGCGUUGUGCCAUGAUUGUGAUGAGAAAGUUCAUGCUGCUAAUAAGCUUGCUAGCAAGCAUCAGCGUGUUUCUCUAUCUCACUCUUCUUCUCACAUACCUAAAUGCGAUAUUUGUCAGGAUACAGUCGGCUACUUCUUUUGCCUAGAAGAUCGAGCUUUACUUUGUAGGAAAUGUGAUAUUGCCAUCCACACUGCAAAUCCGUUCGUGUCAUCCCAUCAAAGAUUUCUGUUAACUGGAGUAAAAGUGGGACUUGAAGCUGCGGAACCUGGCUCUUCUUCGUCUGGAGGGAGAAGUCAUUCUGGGGAGAAAGUUUCAGAUGCUGAAAAUCGUAGUAGCUUAAAGAGGAGUGCUCCCACAUCAACCACAAGCCAAUACGUCGAAGUAGGCCCUGUUCAAAGAGGAGAUGAGGUUGUUAUGCCUUCAAAGAGGAGCAUGCUAAAGCCAUUGGCUAGUGAAUUUCCCAAAAUCCAACCUGUUCAAAGUGGUGCACUUGAGGACAUAACUCAAUCUAGGAUGACCAUUGCUGGUGGUUCUGCUGUGGGAACCCUUCCUCAGUGGCCCAUAGAUGAAUUUCUUGGGCUGAGUGAUUUCCAAUUAAAUUAUGGUUUUCCUGACAAUGGAACAUCAAAGGCUGAUAGUGGCAAGCUCGGAGAGUCGGACUCUUCUUCAAUCCUGAGGUGCUUAGAAGAUGAUUUGGAUAGCGAUGAUCGGUUGGGCCAGGUUCCAGACGUUUGGACAGUACCGCAGGUGCCUUCACCUCCCACUGCAUCAGGGCUAUACUGGCCUAAAAGUUCUCAGCACUUCGCUGAAAAUGCUGUAUUUGUGCCUGAUAUAUGCUGGUCGCAGGCGCAAAAUCAUCACUUCCAGUAAAUACCAAAGCGCAAUGAUGAUAAAUGAAGGGCGGAAAAUCUAUUCAUCUUCUUAGGCGUUUUAUACUAUUCAAAUUUGCAGAUCCACUCGAUGGUUUAGGUACCAACAUAGCUUAGUUGUGUUGUAUUUUCUUGUGGCUUUACUAAAAUAGUCAAAUGUUUAGGAUUUGUUAUUUAUGAACAAUGUCUGACUACAGUUUAAACUGUAUCUGUAUCAUGAAUCAUAAGAAAAAAUAGGUUAUGUAUGCUUGAAGUGUGGAGAGUAAAUAGACCCAAGGCUAGAAAGACAUGCUGUUAUUUGGUGUCUCCAGUUCUCAUUUCUCAACACCCUGCUCGACUUGCAAGAAGCUAGCCUGAUCCGAGGCUCAAAUCGUCGUUGUUUCCGAGUUUCAACACUAUAGGAUGGCAAGUAAUAUAGUGUUUCCCUGGGUUCUGUAGGCUACAGGUUCAUUUUCAAAGUUGAUAAUGUAAAACUAAUAUUUAUUGUGGAACAUUGCAUGAGAAGGUGCAUAACUGCAUAUGGUUGGUUUUGUCCGUAAA